UUCAUUACAUAUUCUUUCCAACGUGUAAUAAUUCGGAACCACUCGCAAUAAAUAAAGCCAGCAAAGGCAGAUGUGUUUGUCUAUAUAUACAUGAACCUGCUGAUUCGAUUUGAACACCCCAUUUCUCCGAUUCAAUAACUUCAGUUGCAAAACUUCUCUCUCCGAUUGCUGCAAUUUCAUAGCUAACUCUUUGUUAUACACAGCUGAAAUGAGAGAGUCAGAGUCUUCUCGUUCUAUACCAGAAGGGGCCUAUGAUGUCUUCUUGAGUUUUAGAGGAGAAGAAACUCGCAAGACGUUUACUGGUCAUCUAUAUGCUGCCUUAGAUGAAGCAGGAAUCCACACUUUUCUAGAUGAUGUUGAACUUCCUAGAGGAGAAGAAAUCUCCGAGCAUCUUCUCAAGGCAAUUCGAGAAUCAAAGAUAUCCAUAGUUGUCUUCUCAAAAGGAUAUGCUUCUUCUAGAUGGUGUCUCAAUGAACUUGUAGAGAUUCUAAAGUGCAAAAGGAAGAAAACCGGUCAGAUUGUUCUUCCUAUAUUCUAUGACAUUGAUCCUUCAGAUGUGAGAAAACAGACUGGCAGUUUUGCAGAGGCAUUUGAUAAGCAUGAAGAGCGUUUUGAAGAGGAGUUGGUGAAGGAGUGGAGAAAAGCUCUUGAGGAUGCCGGAAACCUAUCUGGAUGGAGUCUCAAUGAUAUGGCAUAUGGGCAUGAAGCAAAAUUUAUCAGAGGGAUUAUCAAGGAUGUGUUGAAUAAAUUACGUCGCGAGUGCUUAGAUGUUCCUGAGCACCUCGUAGGUAUGGAUCGGUGUACUCACAAUAUUUAUGACUUUCUAAGUAAUGCAACAGAUGAUGUACGCAUUGUGGGCAUACAUGGGAUGCCAGGAAUAGGAAAGACAACUAUAGCAAAAGUUGUAUUUAAUCAACUCUGCAAUGGAUUCGAUGGAAGCUGUUUUCUUUCGGAUAUCAAUGAAAGGUCAAAACAAGUUAAUGGUCUGGCUCUUCUACAAAAGCGACUUCUUCACGAUAUUUUAAAACAAGAUGCUGCAAACUUCGAUUGUGUUGAUAGAGGAAAGGUUCUAAUCAAAGAGCGACUUUGUCGCAAAAGAGUUCUUGUUGUUGCUGAUGAUGUUGCUCAUCAGGACCAGCUAAAAGCUCUGAUGGGAGAUCGAAGUUGGUUUGGUCCCGGAAGUAGAGUAAUUAUUACAACAAGAAAUUCAAAUCUUCUUCGUAAAGCGGAUCGAACAUAUCAAAUUGAAGAAUUGACAAGAGAUCAGUCCCUUCAGCUUUUCAGCUGGCAUGCCUUUGAGGACACCAAGCCAGCAGAAGAUUAUAUUGAGCUUUCAAAGAAAGCAGUUGAUUACUGUGGAGGACUUCCUUUAGCUCUUGAUGUUAUGGGUGCUUGUCUGUCCGGGAAAAACAGAGAUGGUUGGAAAUCUGUAAUUGACAAAUUGAAAAGAAUUCCAAACCACGAUAUUCAAAGAAAGCUUAGAAUAAGUUAUGACUUACUGGACGGUGAAGAACUAAAAAAUGCAUUCCUUGAUAUCGCAUGCUUCUUUAUUGAUAGAAAGAAAGAGUACAUCGCAAAACUGCUAGGAGCCCGUUGCGGUUACAAUCCAGAAGUUGAUUUGCAAACUCUCCAUGAAAGGUCUCUGAUUAAAGUAUUGGGAGAGACGGUAACCAUGCAUGAUCUAUUACGAGACAUGGGAAGGGAGGUCGUUCGUGAAUCGCCUCCAAAAGAACCUGGAAAGAGGACCAGAAUUUGGAAUCAAGAGGAUGCAUGGAAUGUCCUUCAGCAGCAGAAGGGUACGGAAGUUGUAGAGGGUCUUAAACUGGAUGUCAGAGCAUCAGAAACUAAAUCACUGAGCACAGGAUCAUUUGCAAAAAUGAAAGGCUUAAAUUUACUCCAAAUCAACGGAGCACAUCUCACCGGAUCCUUCAAAUUGCUUUCUAAAGAGUUGAUGUGGAUUUGUUGGCAUGAAUUUCCUUUGAAAUAUUUUCCAUCUGAUUUUACUUUGGACAAUCUAGCUGUUCUUGAUAUGCAGUACAGUAACCUCAAAGAAUUAUGGAAGGGAAAAAAGAUUCUCGACAAGCUUAAAAUUCUUAAUCUCAGUCAUUCUCAGCACCUUCUUAAAACACCAAACUUACACAGUUCAAGUCUAGAGAAACUAAUUCUGAAAGGUUGCUCGAGUUUAGUUGAGGUGCAUCAAUCAAUUGAAAAUUUGACGAGCCUUGUUUUCUUGAAUCUGAAGGGAUGUUGGAGUCUGAAGACUCUCCCUGAAAGCAUUGACAAUGUAAAAUAUCUUGAAACUCUGAAUAUAUCUGGGUGUUCACAACUUGAGAAAUUGCCGGAACGCAUGGGUGAUAUGGAAUCCUUAACCGAGCUGCUAGCUGAUGGGAUUGAAAAUGAGAAAUGUCUCUCUUCAAUUGGACAAUUUAAGCAUGUCAGAAGGUUAUCAUUGCGUCGAAAUAGUUCGGCUCCACCAAGUUCUUCUUUGAUUUCAAUAGGUGUUUUGAAUUGGAAACGUUGGCCGCCAGCAUCUUUCAUUGAAUGGAUAUUAGUGAAACAUCUUGAGCUUUCUAAUAGUGGUUUGUCUGAUCGCGCAACUAACUGUGUUGAUUUCAGUGGUUUGUCUGCUCUAGAAAAAUUGGAUCUAGAUGGAAACAAAUUCUCUAGGCUGCCUUCUGGGAUCGGCUUCCUUCUCAAGCUAAGGGAUUUGUCUGUUGAGGGAUGCAAAUAUCUUGUAUCAAUCCCAGAUCUUCCCUCAAGUUUAACGCGUUUGGGUGCAUCUUAUUGCAAAUCAUUGAAAAGAGUAAGAAUACCAAGCGAGCCAAAAAAAGAACUAUAUAUAUUCCUAGAUGAAAGUCAUUCGUUAGAAGAGUUUCAGGACAUUGAAGGUCUAAGUAAUAGUUUCUGGUAUAUUCGUGUUGAUGACCGCAGUCAUUCACCAAGUAAAUUACAGAAGAGCGUUGUUGAGGCAAUGUGCAACGGUCGUCACGGGUAUUUUAUUCGCCACACUCCUGGUCAGAUGCCAAAUUGGAUGAGCUACAGGGGAGAAGGACGCUCAUUGUCAUUCCAUAUACCUCCAGUCUUCCAAGGCUUAGUUGUUUGGGUUGAUAAGGAUGAUAAGGAUGCUCACAUUAUUAUUAUUAUAAGAAAUAAUAGAAAUGGUAAUCUCUUGUUUCAAUGUACGAAAUGGUAUUAUCAUCCAAAAACUGGAAGUAUAAGAUACAUAAGAAGAAGUGAAAUGGCAAUGGAAGAUUACUGUGCAGAUGACGAAUUGGAACUAUACAUUUAUUCAAAGCCAUCACCGUUGGCAAUGGCAAUGGCAAUGAAGGAUGCUGUGAUGCCUUCAUUUGAACCGUCUACACCUAAGCAAUGUGGGGUCCAUGUGAUCGUAGGAAAGUCAGAUUCAUUUGAAGAGUUGGCAGUGGGAAGAGAUGCAGUGAUGCUUCCUCAUCCUCGUUGUGGUUCGAUUACAGCGUCUACACCUAAGCAAUGGAUUGACUUUUUAUUUGCGAAGCUGCAAAACCAUAACCUCAAUUUAAGGCUUUUUGGUAAGAAUACAUAUUUCCUUUAGUUAUUUCUAUUUUAAUAUUCUAUUUAAUUUAAGAGAUUAAAUAUCAUCUUUAAUUAUUACAUUUUUCUUAUUUAAUCUAAAAAAAUAAA